UUCCGGCCUUGCGCCGCGAGCACUUCCGGGGCAGAGCACGCGAGCGCGCGCGCACGUGGGGCUGGGGCGGAGAGACGAUCCCGGAAAGCGGCUAAUGCUCGCUCUUCUGCUGGAAUGGGCGAAUUUAAGGUCCAUCGUGUACGUUUCUUUAAUUAUAUUCCAUCAGGAAUCCGCUGUGUGGCUUACCAUAACCACUCAAACAGAUUGGCUGUUUCACGAACAGAUGGCACUGUGGAAAUUUAUAACUUGUCAGCAAACUACUUUCAGGAGAAAUUUUUCCCAGGUCAUGAGUCUCGGGCUACAGAAGCUCUGUGUUGGGCAAAAGGACAGCGACUCUUUAGUGCUGGACUCAAUGGAGAGAUUAUCGAGUAUGAUCUGCAGGCAUUAAACAUUAAGUAUGCCAUGGAUGCCUUUGGAGGACCCAUUUGGAGCAUGGCUGCCAGCCCCAGUGGCUCUCAACUUUUGGUUGGCUGUGAAGAUGGAUCUGUGAAGCUAUUUCAAAUCGUCCCAGACAAAAUCCAGUUUGAAAGGAACUUUGAUCGGCAGAAAAGUCGCAUCCUGAGUCUCAGCUGGCAUCCCUCUGGUACCCACAUUGCAGCCGGCUCCAUAGACUACAUUAGUGUGUUUGAUGUGAAAUCAGGUGACUGUUUUUCUCAGUAUAUUUGGGGUGUGGGUCCUCAAGAAGACAGUUUCGUGGUGGGCACAGCCGAGGGGACAGUAUUCCAUUUUCAGCUGGUCUCUGUGACUUCCAGCAGCAGUGAGAAGCAGUGGGUGCGGACAAAGCCCUUCCAGCAUCACACCCACGAUGUGCGAGCUGUGGCGCACAGCCCAACGGCACUGAUAUCUGGAGGCACUGACACCCACUUAGUCAUCCGUCCUCUCAUGGAGAAGGUGGAGGUAAAGAAUUAUGACGCUGCUCUCCGGAAAAUCACUUUUCCCCAUCGAUGCCUCAUUUCCUGCUCAAGGAAGAGGCAGCUUCUCCUCUUCCAGUUUGCUCAUCACUUGGAACUUUGGCGACUGGGAUCUACAGUGGCAACAGGAAAGAAUGGGGAUACUCUUCCACUCUCUAAAGAUGCAGAUCACUUACUCCACCUCAAGACAAAGGGUCCUGAGAACAUUAUUUGCAGCUGUAUCUCCCCAUGUGGAGGUUGGAUAGCCUAUUCUACAGCUUCUCGGUUUUUUCUCUAUCGGCUGAAUUAUGAAAAUGACACCAUAAGCCUCCAGAGGGUUUCCAAAAUGCCAGCAUUCCUUCACUCUGCCCUUCAGAUUUUGUUUUCUGAAGAUUCAGCAAAGCUCUUUGUGGCCUCAAAUCAAGGGUCUCUACAUAUCAUUCGGCUGUUAGAAGGAAGCUUCAAAUACCUGCAUACUUUUCAGCCUCAGUCAGGGACGGUGGAGUUCAUGUGUCUUUUGGCAGUCAGUUCAGAUGGGAAUUGGCUAGCUGCAUCGGGUACCAGUGCUGGGGUCCACGUGUACAACAUAAAACAUCUAAAGCUUCACUGCACAGUGCCUGCUUACAACUUCCCUGUGACUGCUCUGGCCAUCGCCCCCAGUACCAACAACCUUGUUAUCGCUCAUUCUGACCAGCAGGUAUUUGAGUACAGCAUCCCAGACAAGCAGUAUACAGAGUGGAGCCGGACCAUCCAGAAGCAGGGGUUUCAUCACCUUUGGCUCCAAAGGGAUACUCCCAUCACACACAUCAGUUUUCACCCUAAGAGACCAAUGCACAUCCUUCUCCAUGAUGCCUACAUGUUCUGCAUCAUCGACAAGUCGCUGCCUCUUCCAAAUGACAAAACCUUACUCUACAAUCCACUUCCUCCCACGAAUGAAUCAGAUGUUAUCAGGAGGCGCACAGCCCAUGCCUUUAAAAUUUCUAAGAUAUAUAAGCCUUUGCUCUUCAUGGAUCUCUUGGAUGAGAGAACACUGGUGGCAGUAGAACGGCCCCUGGCUGACAUCAUCGCUCAGCUCCCACCACCUAUCAAAAAGAAGAAAUUUGGGACCUAAAACAGGGCACUGUCUGUGUCAUUGCUGUUUGUUUUCACAAAUCAUGAUAAUAAAACAAAGUUAUUCUUUAGGA